GUUAUAUACGCAAAAAUUUCAUUAACUCUAUACAUAAAUGGACCCAUCUUCAUUCAUUCUUCAUCCCCAAGUCUCCCCCAAACCCUUGAACAAUCAAUCAAUGGGGCUCUCAAAUGGCCUCAGUGAAGCUCCAACAAACUCAAUCCCACUCCUUCUCAUCAUCGCCGCCGCCGGAUGGAUCUCCUCCAUAGUCCGCUGCCUCCGCCUCUUCUCCUCGCCGUCUUCCUCCUCCUCCGCCAUCUCGGCAUCACACGGUCUUGCUAGCCUCAUCGCUCUCGCCGAAACCCUCAACUCUUCUCGUCCUUUCUCUUAUGACGCCUCCGGCGAGGAUUGCCUCGUUUGCCUCUCCGGCCUUGAGGCUGGAGAUCGUGUUCGGAGACUCGCAUGUGGCCAUGUUUUUCACUGUGAUUGCUUGGAUGGAUGGCUUGAUGAGAUGAAUCUUAGGUGUCCUUUGUGCCGUUCUUCUCUUGUCUCUUCUCUUCAGCAUUAUCAUUAACUCCUUUGUGUGUGUGUGUGUGUGUGUGUGUGGGUGGGGGGAAUGGUUUAAACUUUUCUUUUUUUUGUUUUCUUUUAAUUUUUAUGUAGUAUUUGUUUUUGUUUUUAGUUUUUGUGGCUGUGAGUUUAUGUAUGUUGAGGAAUAGGAAACAUGAAAUAUUGGGGUUAUCUUUUUCAA